UUUUGUUAUUAGAAGAAGGAACGUGAUGUCACACAUAUUGGUCCUAACACACAUAUCUAUGAUAGAAUGUGUGCAUUUUGGAGGGGUGUGUAGAAAUGUUGCUUGCGUGCGCUAUAGGGUUGCAAUUUAAAGGGAGGGGCUGCUCAAAAAUGGCUGAUACGCACAGGGUUGUUGGAUAUUCGGAAAAGAGAGAGUGACGGUUCGUGUCUUCCAUAAACGACCAAUUGACAUUAUUUUAUGACAAUUGUUGUUAAUAUAGUUUAAUUAAUAAUUAUUAUGAGGCGUUUAAGUAAUAAUCUUCGUGUACUCUUAAAACCACCACCAAAAAUAACGGAUACAGAUCUUCCUCCCGAAAGGUGAAGUAUCCCCUGAUUAUGAUCGUUAAAUUAUAAUUCGUUAAAUAACGAAAUUAUAUAGAUCACGAGAAAUAUUAUUUUUCUAUUAGAGCCUCCUUUUAGUAAUAUGGAUCAAGGAAAUUAAAGAGAAAACAAAUAUAUACAGAGAAGUAAUAAAAAAAAAAAAAAAAAAAAAGAACAAACCUUUAAGAAUGAUGUCUGGGUCCGUUUUAAGAAUUGCAUUUUUCCUUUUUUUGGGAUUUUCAACAAGCUUGUUAAUAUUUAGUAAAGCAGACGAAACUAGGUCUAUCAGAGCUUCAAAAACAGAUGCAACUAAAUCUAUCAGAGCUUUAAAAGCUCGAUUAAAAACAUCUUAUUCAUCAUGGCGUAUAGUAGUAUGUUUAACUCAGCCGCAAACUCUCUAUAAGAUGGAUUUUCAAAGAUCAUGGGAAGAAGCUAGAUUAGAAUCAUCAUCUCAAGCAGAUAUGGAAGUAUCAUAUAUCGAAGCAAGAAUGACACCAUUGAAAGAUACUUUGUCAUAUCCUUUGUCAUUAUUAAAUAAGUUUUGCACAGACAUCGAAGGUGGAAAAACAGUGUUGAGCCUUGUAAUGGGUGGAGGUUCAGCGGCUAGAUUUCUUGUUACAGCUGCUACUGCCUUGAAUCUUCCAGCUUUAUGGUUACCAUUUGCUCAUCGUGAUUUUCUUCGUCAGGGUAAUUAUGGUCCUUUUGAAAGUCGUAUAGGUUCCAGUUCUAAAGAAGUUGGUGCAGCAGCUGCUGCAUUAAUGCACAGAGCAAAUUGGCAUGCAUUUACAUUACUGAUCGAUACAACUUUACUUCCCGUAUCACAUCUAUUUCAAACAAAUCAACCAGUGUUAACACCUAGAGUAAUCAUUCAUCUACCAACGAAUGAUAAAACAUUGAUAAUGAGAUUAAGAAGAGUAGCUGCUGAAGGAGGUACUGGUGGAAUAGUUGUGAUGGGUUGUGAUUUAAACAACGCAAGAAGAAUACUUACAGCAGCUAGCAAGUUUGAAAUGCUUUCAGGAAGAUUUUUAUGGCUCUGGUUAGAUCUAAGAGCAGAAUUAAGACCUAACGAACCAAAUAUUAUUAGUUCACAUAUCGUACAUAGUUCUUCAAGAGCAUCAAUAGCAAUGAAUGGAAAUUCUCCUCCAUUAGAUAACUUAGAACGCAAUAUUAAUCUUAUAUCGGAUAAUCAAUUACCAUUAAAUUCUUUACCAAGUUUGACAAAUGAUAUACACAGAUUGCAAGAAUAUAAAUGGCAAAAUGAAAAGACCGUAACUAAACGCGAAGACAAAAUGUAUCAUUUUGAUGAUGAAGAAAUUCGAAUAAUGGAUAAGGAAUUAAAUUCUAAAAGUUUCAUGCCAGUUGGAAUGCUUGCCUUAAGACCUUCCAGUAUAAAAGUAAUGAAUGGUGAUAUCUUAUUAUCUAGAAUAUUAAGAGAGACAUCUCAAGCGUUGGAUGAAACAUUAUCAGACAUGAAACCAAAGAUGAGUCGUCUUAGAGAAUCUCAAUUGAAAGAACAUUUUAUUCCUGAAUGUUUUCCACAUUCAAAUGCUAAAUUUUUAACAAGUGAAAUAAGGGAAAAUUUUUCUAGAAUAUUAACGCAUAAAUUAAGAAAAUCAAUGGGAGUCAUUUCUAAAGAUAAAGCUGAGUUUCAGUUGUUAAAUUUGCAAGCAGUGAGGUUUCCUGGAAAUAAGACACAAUUAAGAUGGACCAAAGUGGGUACUAUCAAAGGAGGAAAGGAAGUUCGUCUUGAUACAAUAAUUUGGCCAGGUGGUGGUAUUGUUCCAGCAUAUCUUGAACAAGGUGGAGAAAGUAUUGGAAUGCCGGUAUACCGUAUAGUAACUGCAUUAGCUUCACCAUUUACUAUGGCUACAAAAUUACAAGAAGGACUUUGUUUAAGAGGAUUAAUUUGUCGUCAUGGGAACACCAUCAUGUGUUGUUAUGGAUUAAGCAUAGAUUUGAUGUCCUUGGUGGCACGUGAAUUGGGAUUUCGUUUUGAUUUGUAUGUUGCUCACGACGGUCUGUUUGGAAAAAGGAAUGGCAGAAGUGGUACGUGGAAUGGUAUAAUGGGUGAAUUAGUUUCUGGACGUGCACAAUUGGCAUUUGCUGCGAUGAGUGUAUCAGCACAUAGAGCAGAAGCAGUAGACUUUACUACGCCAUAUUUUUUUAGCGGAGUUAGUUUUCUUACAGCCCCAAAAUUAAAAUCAGAGAUACCCUUAUUUGCAUUCCUUUUUCCAUUCAGUACAGAAUUAUGGAUUGCCGUAUUUACUUCGUUAAACUUUACUGCAAUAGCAGUAGCAAUCUAUGAGUGGUUAAGUCCGUUUGGUCUUAAUCCAUGGGGUAGACAACGAAGCAAAAAUUUUUCAAUAGCUUCUGCCCUUUGGGUAAUGUGGGGACUUUUGUGUGGUCAUCUGGUAGCUUUUAAAGCACCAAAAUCAUGGCCUAAUAAAUUUUUGAUCAAUAUUUGGGGAGGAUUUUCUGUCAUCUUUGUAGCUUCAUAUACAGCUAAUAUAGCUGCUCUUAUUGCGGGCCUUUUCUUUCAUUCCGCUGUCAGCAAUUAUCAUGAUAAAAGUUUAUUAUCACAAAGAGUAGGUGCACCCAGAGCAUCCGCAGCUGAAUAUUAUGUACAGAGAGCUAAUCCUCAAUUAUGGUCACAUAUGGCGCGUUAUUCAUUAUCAGAUGUUGCCGAAGGUGUUGAAAGAUUAAGGAAUGAUAGUUUAGAUAUACUCAUUGCAGACACACCUAUUUUGGAUUAUUAUCGUGCGACAGACGAUGGUUGUCGUUUGCAAAAAAUUGGUGACACUAUCAAUGAAGACACAUAUGCUGUUGCUCUUACAAAGGGCCAUCCUCUUAAAGAGAGCAUUUCUAAAGUUAUAGCAAAUUAUACUAGUAAUGGAUUAUUAGAUAUUUUACAAGAAAAAUGGUACGGUGGACUACCUUGUAUCCAUGGUCGGGAAGGUAUGGAUACAGGAUUAGAACCUGAACAAGGUGGCCAACCUCGACCAUUAGGAGUGGCUUCUGUAGCUGGUGUAUUUUGUCUUUUGGGAAUGGGUGUUGUAUUAGGAGCUAUUAUUCUUGCUGGAGAACAUCUGUUCUAUAAAUAUACAUUACCAAGGCUAAGGCAUAGAUCAGAAAAUUCCAUUUGGCGUAGUCGUAAUGUAAUGUUUUUUUCACAAAAGCUGUAUAGGUUUAUUAAUUGUGUAGAACUGGUUUCACCUCAUCAUGCUGCAAGAGAAUUAGUGCAUACUGUUAGACAAGGACAAAUUGCUUCUCUUUUUCAAAAAAGUGUUAAACGAAAGGAACACGAACAACGUAGACGGCGUAAAAGUAAAGCUCAGUUUUUUGAAAUGAUACAAGAAAUACGAAGAGUACAACAAGAAGAAAAAAUAGAAAUUGUACAUGAAGAAGCAGAAACAACAAAAGUAGUAAAAGAAGAAAAAAUAGCAAAGGGAAAAGAAAGAAGUAGAAGUAAAAGUCCAUUGAUGCGUAGUCCUAGAAGAUCAGAAAAAAGUAGAAGUUCUACCAAUUUGUAUAGUUCUCAGCUUGGAUUAUCACCUGUCAAUCUUGAAACGACGAUGAAACCAAGGGAGUUUACCCUUAGUAGCACUAAUCUUAGAGCAAGAAGUCCAUUGGAGACCGUAGGUCGUAGAUUGAGUCACGGUGACGGUGGUUCUCCACCACCACAUCUUGGAUCACAUUUUGGUGGUAGUGCGACAUUAAGACCGUUGAUGUCAACAAAAAGUGACUCUGCUAGUGGUGGUACUCCUUCAAUGAAAGGUGAAUCUGUAGGUGGAAUACCAACACCCAGGUAUUCCCGAAGCCCAGCAAAACGAGGUCAAUCUUUUCCAGUAUUUGCUACUUUAAGACCACCACAUUCGUCUGUUCAUUAUACUUCGAAAGGUGGUGCAUUGUUAUCGCCAAAUAGCGAAUUAACAUCUGCUAUAGGACGUAAAUUAUCACGUGAAUGGGGCUCUGGAACAAUGGAUGUAACAAGAUCAUCAGAAGCUAUAAGUGGUGGUUCAACGUACACGUUAAAUCAGGAAACAACACUUUCCAUUGAAUGUCAAGAAGAUGAUAAUAAAGGUCAGGAAGAAGUUAUACCUGUUAAGAAACCAAUACGCCGUGCUAGAAGUCAUGAAAAUCGAGAUAGUGGCAAAUCAAUGAUAGAUUUGCCAUCACCAAGAUUAAUUGCUCAACCUAUCGUUGGAGGUCGAUCGGUAAGCGAACGAACCAAAAAACAACUUGAGUCAGAAUUGAAAGCGAUAUUAAGUGCCAGAGCUCAUCACCGCGAUUUACAUCCUCCUUGAUAGAUUGAAAUUUAAUGGUAAGAGAUUUUGAAAGCAGCAAGCUUUGAAGAUCGUUGCCUCUGAGGGGCAUUGAUUGAUUUAAGCAAUAUCAGAUUUAUAGGUCAAUUUAUAGAAGAAUCUGCCAGUUUACGGGAGGACUGACUCUAAAAAGUAGUAGGCCGUAUCAGGAGUCGCAUAACUAAGCAAACAUUUGCAAACAAAGAAAUUUCUUGUUAUGUACAUUGAUAAAUAUAAGAUAUUAUUGAUAAAAAGUGCUAUAAACUUGAGUAGAAACGUCUUCAUAAAGUAGUAUUGUAAACAAACAUUCAAAUAUUUUCUUGUUGGCAUUUUAACUCUACAUUAACCGUCAACCCUGGUUGAGUCUCUCUUUUAAUAGCAAUGGGUAUUAGAUAUUGUGCAUUACAGUAUUUCUCAACUAAUGUACAAGAAAAUCACAAUGUUGUUCAAUAGUAAUAUAUAUAUAUAUAGAGAGAGAGAGAGUAAUCAUAAUAAAUUAAAUUGAUUUUAAUGCAGGUA